AUGUUUGAAGAACAAGUUGCUAAUGAAAUCGAAGAAAAUGACAAAUAGCAAGUCAGAGUUAAGUUCCCUUAAAGAUCAUGGAUUUCCAUUAUUUAAGAUAAAAUUAUUUAGUAAAAUCAAGUUUUAAAAUUUAUUACUAAUUUUUUAGAUGAGUCAAUCUGAAAUGAAUGAAAAACAUGAAACACGAUUAGGUGUGACUCCAAGUUUAUCUGAUAGAGAAACUUUAUGCAAAAAAUAAAUUGGAUAAUCUGCAUGUUUUAGAGAGGAUUUAGGAAAAUCCAGAAUGAGUGAUUUAGACACAUCCUCUAUUCGAUAUAGGGUAUCUAUGUAUAAAUACAUUAAUAGACUUAACCACAUGAGGUUAAUUUUAGGAUAAAAGUCUUUAUGAAAUAUUUAUUUUUGAGGAUUCUAUUUACUAUAAUAGGUCCAUUAAUAUUGGGUUAUGGAAUUAUCUAUAGAGAUUGGUUGAGUUUUAUGAGUAAUUUUAGAAUGUAUGGUAAUUAUAGUGGAGUUUGGUAUAAUUAUUUUAGAUGGAUAUCAAACUACAUCUUAAUUGCUACAAUCAUUUAUUAUACUAAUAAUGAGGAAAAAAGUAUAAUACAUUAUGAAAUUGGAUUCUUUGCUGUUUUGUACAUCACUGAGAAUGUAACAUAUGCUAUUAAAUUUGCAUUUUUUCAUCCUUCAAAAUUAGCAUUAAUAGAAAAUUUUGAAAUUUGUGUUGUUGGUGACUCUUGUGAAUAGAGUAUCAAUCCUUAUCAUUGGGCAUAGUAAAAUUAAUCAACAAUAGCAAAAGAAUUAGAAUAAUCUUUAAAGAGAUCAUAAGUGGAAAGUACAAUGUUUUAAUUGUACUUUAUGAUUUCACCAAAUGCAGAGAGAUUAAAAAGAAUCUAAAUUGAAGAAUAAUAAGAUAUAAGAAAUAAGAUAUAAAUUGAAGAAGUAGCAGCUGAUGGAUUUUUGAUGGCUAAAGAGAUAAUUAAUGAAUUCAAUAAGAAAAAUAGUUUUAAUUUUGCUAUUAACCUUGCUAUCAUAUUGGCAAUCAUACGUGUUGGAUUGUAUAUUAUGAUUAUGAAAUUAUGUGAAGAAUCUGUUAAGAGUAUUGCAAUAGUUGUUUAAAUGUCUAUCUUUUAAUUUCUAUACUUUAGUACAAUAAUCUCAUUGAUGAUGCUAACUUAUAGAGAUUUAAGAAGAAAGGUUUAUUCAAUGACACAAUUAUCACAUUUAAUAUCAGCUGAGAAAGUUGAAGUCUAUCAGGAAUCCAAGAUCUUUCCAACCAUUAAUUUAUUAUGCACUGUUUCUAUAUAUUCUUGGGUUAAUUUAAGGAAGAUUCUACUUGAUUAUGGAUUGCAAUACACUAGAAGAUAAACAUUUAUUUUAUCAUUUAUAAUGAUAAUCAAUACCAUAUUAAUGGGUGUAAUGACACUUCUCUUUUGUAUUCAACUCAUUACUAUUAAUACUAUACUUCAAUAGACUAUUGAUUUCUCUAUUAUAGCUAUUUUCUCUAUUAGUUUAGUCUUAUAAGGAGCAAGGAUUAAUGCACAUUGGUCUAUUCAUAGAGGAUUACUGAGAAAGAAUCUCUUUAUUAUUUAAUAAUUGGCUUAUUAAGUCUUUAAGCCUUUAGAUUACACUUUUAAAGCAGAAGAUCCUGUAUUUAAUGUAUUUAUUUAUUUCAAUCAAGUCUAGGCUCUAAUGAGAUUACUUGAUACUACUUAUGCUGAUCUUGUGAUAAGAGAAGAUUCACUAUUAAAUUACUCAAUUUUUUGCAUCAAUUCAAUAUAAUAUGUGGUAAAUCAUUUAUUGAAUUCAGUUUGAUGAUUUAGGACAUUAAGAAAAGUCUUAGCCAUAUACUGUAAUGGGUAUAGCCAUGACAUAUCAAUUACUAUUAUAAGUUUGUUUGAGUGCGAUGGGAUUGAUAGGAACUACAGGAUUGAAUUUCAUUCUAUAGUUUACUUAAUGA